UCUGCCUCCGGUGUGAAAACCGGAAACGCGACGUAAACAAACCUCGCGCGGUGUUUCAGCUGCUCUUCACGGAAAGUAACGGGGCUCGCGGUCGCAGCGGAGCACCGACGGUUGCCAUGGUGAAGUGUGUGGUCUCCGGGUGUCCGAACCGGAUGGUGACCGUUAACCGGAACUUCUUGAACCGAACACCGAAGCGGUUCUUCCACUUCCCCAAAGACCCGGCUCGAGUCAAGGUGUGGCUGGCGGCGCUGAGGGAGACCGACAAGCAGGACUCCACGGAGCGUCACAUGAUCUGCGAGGACCACUUCCUGCCGGAGGACGUCUCUUCCAGCGGGGUCACCAGCGACGUCAUUCCCAUCAUGCCCCCUUACCUGGACGGGCCGCGGGGCCUGAUCAGCCCCUGGGGAGCCGAGUCCUCGGAGGAAGAGGAGGAAGAGGAGGAGGAUGAAGAUGAAGGUGGAGAUGCACCGGAUCCACUGCAGCAGGAUCCAGGUGGAGGUCUGGAGAAUCCUCCAGAGGCUGAACGGACCAGCGCCGCCCCACAACAGAGGAGACAGUUGGGACAGGGCACGUCUCAGAGGCUGCUGGGAUUGCUGACUCAGCGUUUCCUGGAGCUGCUGCUGGUGGCGCCGGGCGGCUCCGUGGACCUUCGGCAGGCGGCCGCGAGCCUGCAGACGCACAAACGGCGAGUGUACGACAUCACCAACGUCCUGGACGGGAUCAACCUCAUCCAGAAGGAGUCGGCCAACAGGAUCAAGUGGAUAGGAAGGUGUCCGAUCUCCAGCUUUCUGAGGAAGAACCAGCUCAAGUCCCAGAGCGAGCUGGAGAACCUGAAGCUGGUGGAGGACACGCUGGACGGCCUCAUCAAAAGCUGCGCCAGGCAGCUCUUCGACAUGACGGACGACGUGGAAAGCUCUGCGUCGGCCUACGUGACCUACGAGGACGUCAGCCGGAUCCGAGGCUUCCAGGAGCAGACGGUGAUCGUGGUGAAAGCUCCAGAGGAAACUAAACUGGAGAUUCCUGCUCCCGGAGAGGACUGCAUCCAGGUCAGCCUGAAGGCAGGGAGGGGACCCAUCACCGUGGUGACCUGUGAGAUGGGGUCCGGAGACGCUGUGACCUCCGACCUCGGAGAGAAAAGCAGCUUCUUUUUAACACUGGAGGAGAGUCGGAUCAGCACGCUGCACACAGAGUCUUCAGGUCCACAGAGUGCAUAACCACCAGUCAACCACCAGGAGGCGCCAGCUGUGAGCAGGAAGCCGCCCUGCAGGUCCACUAACAGACUCACUGAAGGAUUUCAGUCACAGCUCAGAGCUGCACCAAGAAGUCGAAGGAAAAGCACUUUGCUGCCAAUUAUUGAUAAUUGAUUCAUCGCUUCGGCCAUUUUACAGCCUCUUAAAGCUGCAGGUAACUUUUAUAAUAAUAACUUCCAGCCAGGAGGAGCCAGAGGAACCAGAUCUGUCUCUACUGUCAGGAUUCAGUGAGGAAGGUUAUUUUUACUAAAGUUACCUCCUGCAGCUUUAAUGUGAAUCAUUUAUGAUCCUAAUGAAGAGUCUCUUUGGGUUUUGGACCCUUGGUUGGACAAAAGAAGACAUUAAAAGACAUUAAAAGACAUUAUAAUGAGAAUUUUUAUAAUUUUCUUUCUUUUCUUUUCUUGUUAAGAUUAAAGAUAAAGAUAGUGUCUGGGCCUUUUUAUGGCCUUUUAUUAGAGCGGAGCAACGGAAGAGUGACAGGAAGGUGGCGGGACAGAGAGGGGACGCACCUGGACAAUCUGUAUAUUUAGAGAGUAGUUUUCCGAUCAUGGAAACACCUGGAAAAGUAUUAAAAUUACCAAAUACCCUGGAAAUAAUCCGGGUUGUCCUGAAGAAUGUUUAUUGUGUUUUUAGGGAUCUUUUUGUCAUAAUGAACCGGAGACACUUCAUUGUUAAUGGCAGUCAAAUUAUACGACUUUUGAGUGAGUGAGUGCUGUCGAGAAAAACUCCUGGAAAAGGUCCUGGAAAGGUCCUGGAAAAAGGAGUGAGAAUGCUGUUUGCAGCACAGAGGACUGUACGAGCCACCAGGACGAUCCAUCAUUAGCAUUUACACAAAUGUUUCUCUCUCUCUCUCACUCACUCACUCACUCACUCACUCACACACAUAGCAUUAUUCCAAAGCAGCAGGACAAAGGAUUUCUGGCAUUAAAAUGUAAAAAGACUAAUUAUGGAUCAUUUUAAAAGUGUUUAAAUAUCAUGACGAAGGUGAUCUUUGUGUUAGAAGUGAUGAAGAGGAGCGAUGAUGCAACAGCUGUGCCUCUGUAUUAAAUAUGACAUCAUCAUGUCCCAACUGACGUUCACUGUAAAAUAUUUUACCGUUUCUGUUCUUGUCUUUGUGUUCUGGAUUUAAAAAUGUUUUCAUGAAUAAAAUGUGAACUUGUGUAA